AUGAAGACACGAAGCUGCGGUCUUCCGGGUCCGUCUUCGACUCCGUGGGGCAAACCAGAGCACGACGCGAGGAUUGAAUUCCUAGGUGAGAGAAGUUUUAGCUUGGAAUUGGAUAGGCUUUAUGAUUGCGGAGGUGGCGAAGGCGAGACGAGAGGACAAUCAUUAGCAUUAGGCGUCGCUCCUCACAACCCACCUGGAGGUGCGACAGCUAGCAGCUGGAGCACAUCAUCCAGUCA